AUGGGCAUCUGCUCGGCGUCCUGGGCGCCUGGACGCCCUUCUGCCCCUCCCCUCGUCGUAUAUCUGCAUGGGCUGACUCCGGCGUCGGCCUCCGGCAAUGAGGGGAGCAGUGGGGCGUUGCCUCUGGCGCCGACCAAGAACAUCGCCGGUGGCCGACGUGACGUCUUGCAAGUCGGCCUGGAAGCGAUGUCGACAGCAGGGACGCUGGGGCAGCAGCAGGCUGAGCAGGCGCAGCGGACAGGAGAGCAGGCAGCAGCGCGGCCGACCCAGGAGCAGUCGGCGACCUGGCAGUCGGUAGGGGAGCUGACCGCAGGGGAGACAUUGGUCGGGACGCCGACCGAGGUGCAGCAGGGCGAGCCGACCACGGCGCAGCAGGACGCCGAGGACAGUGACGCCGGCGAAGCUGAAGGGGAGCAGUCAGACGCCGGGCAGCCUACUGACAGCGGUGUUGUGGAGGUCAGUGCCGAGCAGCCCGAACUGCAGCGUUCAGGACGAGUCCAGAGGCCGCCGGAACGGCUAACCUACCAUGUCUGCCUCCCGGCGGCCGCCUUCACCACGUUGUACGACAAUGACGAUGACGACCUGGCGUACGACGACGCCGAGAACGACGAGGAGUUUCCGGAGCUCGACCUCGACAUGCACGCCGACCCCGAGCACCGCUGGGACAUCGCGACGAUGACGGUGAAGGAGGCGUUGGCAAGCUGGAAGGGCACGGCGGUGAACGCCGCCAUGGACGAGGAGAUCCGCAGUCUGAUCGGCAACGGCACGUAG